AUGAAACAGACGAUCAUAUUGGUUUGGUAUCAUCUCCUUUCGCUGUGGAACUGGCGAAGUGUCUAUCUUGGACGCAUCAUUGAUCCGCUCGCGUACUACGUUUUCCUCAUUGCCGGCAUUUCCGGGAUGAUUUUGGGCGGACGGCAGCAAAGGUAUGUAGAGCUCGCCUUCACAGGAAUCAUGUGUUUGUUGACUUUUCGGUCUUUUACCGGGGCAAUGGUAGACGUUGCAAAUGACAGAAAAUGGGGCGUUUUUGCGAUAUUUACUAUGCAAGGUGGUCGCAUUGGAACAUAUAUAAGAUCGUUACUUAUCGUAUCCUGCCUCGUCUUUGCAGCGCAGCUUGGGGUAUUGACGGCCGUCGCGAUAGCAAUACCUGGCUUACCUUGCCCCGUGAGCGACUUCGGCGCGGUCUUAGCGCAGCUCGGUAUUUCUCAUCUGGUGUUAGUGGGCUGGGCGUGUUUUGGCAUUGCCAUUGGGGCAAAAGUAGAUAAUUAUGCCACGCGCGAUAUGCUCACAACGUUAGUGGCACUUCCCGUCGUUCUCUCGGCUCCUCUCUUCUAUGAACAAGCUCGCGCUCCGCAUUAUCUUCAGAUUAUUGCUUCUUUGAAUCCGCUGACCUAUAACGUCGGUUGGAUACGGAAUUUUGGGAUGAAUUCU